UUGCUUUUAGAAUUUGAACCUCGUGUAUGGAAAAAUAUAGCUUGUUAAUUUCAAUGCCACCUCCUAAUUUUAGGUCUAAUGUAAUCUAAUAAUACACAAGCGAUAAACGAACAAUAAGUUUUCGUAUAUAAAGCCAAUUUUCGUGAAAAAUUACCAAAAUACUUCAAGUGUUUCAGAAGAUAACUUGUAGUCUCUAAAAAAUUAAAAAUGUUUCAAAAGUUCCUUGUACUAUGUGUGUUUUACUUGGCGUUGUUUCAACAUAAAACAAAAGCAGCCAUAACAGCGGAACAGAGGAGCAUGAUCAAGGAACACUUCCAGCUACUUGAAGCGACGUGCUUCAAGGAGUUCCCCAUCUCGGACGACGACGCCACCACACUGAGAGCCAAGAAGCUGGCCAGCGGACCCAACGUGCCCUGCUUCCUGGGAUGUAUAUUCAAGCAAAUUGGCAUGAUCAACGAUGACGGUAACCUGGAGAAGGAGACGGUGAUGAGCCGCGCCAAACAGGUGUUCAACACCGAUGAGGAGCUGCAGCUGCUGUCUGACUACCUGCACUCCUGCAUUGGCAUUAACGACAACCCAGUGACUGAUGGCAACAAAGGCUGUGAGAGGUCCGCCAUGGCUUUCGAGUGUCUCAUCAAAAAUGCUGCCAGUUACGAGUUCGAGUUCUAACGGUGACAUGAAGAAAACGACUACAUAAUAUUAACCUUUGACCUACGACGAAUUUACUUACUCUAUAUUUUAUAAGAUGUUAAAUUAAUACUUAGAAAAUAUAUUAGAUACUAU